AUGUAUUUCUCGUCGUCAUCAAAUUUACCAGCCUGGUACUAUUUAAAAGGACCAAGAUUCGGAGGCGAGAGCCCAGUACCGUUCUGUCAUUUCAAUUCUGUCAGAGCUUCUGAGAAACCAAUUUCAAAAUUUCCAAAAUUAAAAGUCAAACAACGAAAAAAGAGUCAUUGCAAAUUCAAGAUGCCGCAAUUACUAUUCCCAACCCGAAAAGCCCGUGUUCGAACAUCGAGCAACCAGGAUAAUAUGGGCACCUGCUUCUCAAACUUGAAAUCUGGAAAAGACGAGAGUUCGAUUGUCCGCGUCCAACAAGGACUUCUCGAAAGUUUUCGUGUCAAGACUCCAAAAGGAGAAGUGUGUGACGUCUUCCACGGAAUCCCAUACGCAGAGCCGCCAGUAGGAAAUCUCCGUUUCAAGAAACCACAACCUCCAAAGCCAUGGGACGGAAUCAAGAAAUGCAGUAAGUAUCCAAACAGAUCAAUUCAUAAAGAAAUGCCAUGGGAUAAAGCAUUACCAAGAGCAAAUCAAAGUGAAGAUUGUCUCUAUUUGAAUGUUUUCGCUCCAAAAAUCAGAGAUGACAAGAAGUACCCUGUCUUGUUCUACAUUCAUGGUGGCGGAUAUGUGAUGGAUUCUGCGGAAAGAUAUACUGCCAAGAACAUUUGCAGACUACUCGUAUCUCGAGAAAUCAUCGUGGUCACUUGUCACUAUCGUCUCGGAUUCCUGGGGUUCUUGUCAACCGGAGAUGACGUGUGUCCCGGAAACUUUGGACUGUUCGAUAUGCUGGAAGCGAUGCGAUGGGUUCAUUCCAACAUCGCCUCGUUCGGUGGGGACCCUGACAACAUUACACUUUCCGGACAGUCAGCCGGCGCUGCCGCCGCCGAUCUUCUAUCUUUCUCCCCACUCGCAAAAGGCCUCUUCAAUAAGAAAAUCGUGAUGGGUGGCAAUUCAUACUGUCACUGGGCAACAACAAGCAAGCAAGAAAUCAGAGAGUACUGUAAAAAGUGGGCGAAACGACUUGGUUGGAAGCCACAGUUGAACUACGCGUCGAAGAGAGAAGAGAGUCUCGACAUCUUCAAAUUCUUCAACGAAUUGCCCACUUCAAAACUCGGAAUGACCAUGUUCUUCUCUAACACCAUCUUUAAGGAAUGUCAGCUUCCUCUUGCUCCUGUUGUCGAUGGAGACAUCCUUCCUCAUAAUCUCAAGAUUCUUCGAGAGACUCAAGAACACGUACCAUCACUGAUUGGUGGUGGUGAAUACGAAGCCCUUCUUUUCUGUGCAAUUGGUUUGUUACGUGGUACCGAGAAGGAAAUUAACAGUGCGAUUGAUGUUUUGUCGAAGAAAAGCGGAUUGCCUCGGUCAAAAAUCGAAGCAAUGACCGAGAAAGUUUACGGGGACUCUCCCGCUUUGAGGGCUGAUUCGAAAGCCAGAAAACUAUUUUAUGUCAAUUUGAUCUCGGAUAUAUUCGCAAAUUACGGAAACUAUAGGUUCAUGAGAGACUGCCAACGUCGAGGAAUUGAAUGUUAUGGGUACUCGUUUGACCAUCAAAGCAAACAAAUGUGGGGAUGGCUACAACACGUGGUUCCAUUCACCGGUGGAACUCAUACUUCUGAACUUUCAUACCUUUUCGACUGCAAUUACAUGUCAGCGCCACUUGGAAUGAACAAGACCGACAAAGUUGUUAGUGAAAUGACCGCCGAUUACUUCACAAACUUCGUCAAGUUUGGAACUCCAAACGGGCCGAAUUCCCAAUUACCAGUUUGGGAACGGAUCUCAUCAGACGAUGACCAAAUGAAACUGUUCAGUAUCAAACCAGAACCAAUGAUGAAAUCAACUUUGUAUGGAGACCGUAUGGAGUUGUUCGAAGACCAUAUAGGAAUGCUUUACGAAGAAAAAGCAACAGCUCCAAUAACUCCACGUGGUGAUUUUGUUCCCAGCAUCGUUUCUUCUGGAAGUGACAACAGUUUGCAUAUUCUUGUUAGCUAA